AUGUCUUAAAAAUUUAAGUCCCCUACAAUUAUAUCUAAAGUACAUCCCAAAGUACUCUAUGGCACUCAAGAGUAUUUAAGAACACAUAUUUUAGUCUUAAUGCUAAAAUUAUCAAAGUAUUUAGUCCAUUUGAAUAUAUGAAUUACAUUAAAAGAAGACAAGAUUAUUAAAUUAAAUAAUAAGAACUAAUUGCCAAUCUUCAACUAAAUAAAGAGAAUUAUGAAAAACUAACAUUCUCAGUUAAAUAAGUUGGAGUUACAAAUGAUGAAGGUAGAGUUGGUUCACAAAGUUAAAGAAAAUAUCUUCUAAAAUCGAUGGAAUCAACUAGACUUAAAAAUUCUGAAUCAAUCUAGCAUUUUUAAACUGAAAGAGUUUAAUAUUAAUUCAAAGCUAAAGCAUUAUCAAGUAGUAGAAAGUAAAAAGCUCGUUUAUCUCAAAAAUAAUCUUAUGUUAACUUUUUAACUAUUCCGGAAAAAUCAGAAACAUUAAUUGAAUUUAAGACAACUUCUAUUGAUAAAAUAAUUAAAAGAUCAAGAUAAAAAAAGAGAUUUCCGCUAAGUCAACCAGAACCACCUGAAAUCGCUUUUGCUAAAUAAUAAUAGAGCUAAAAAUAUUUGUCAUAUAGUCGUUAGCUAUAAGAGCUUAAGGGAACAUUAGAAUUCAAUAAAUUUUUAUGA